GCCAUCCAAAGAGGCCAUCGACGUCUGGCGACGAUGCUUCACGUCGCUGCGCACAGUGCGAUUCCUGAAGUGUCAGAGACGGAGAUUGAGAUGGACAUUUCUAGUCCAUUGGGCGUCGGCGGCUACGGGGCCGUGUACAAGGGCAUCUACAACGACCGAUCCGUCGCCGUCAAGACGGCUGCCAACGCAUCGUCUGCCCAAGCAUUGGUUUACGAGAUGGGGACUAUGCAGAUGUGCAAUUCGCCGUAUGUGCUGCAGCUGCUCGCGGUCUCGGGCGCCGGCACAUUGAGUCCCAAGCUUGUCCUGGAGUACAUGGACGCCGGCGAUCUUCGGAGCUACCUCGACGCCAAGCGACUUGGCCGGGCCACCAAGGUUGAUGUCUCUUCCCUUGAAGUGGCGUGGGUGCUUGCGAAUGCUCUUGCCGAUCUGCACCACAACGGUCUUCUUCACCGGGACCUCAAGAGCCACAACGUCCUCCUCUCUUCGACCAACUACAUCAAGCUCGCCGACCUCGGGAUCGCCCGCGAGAACGAGUCGAACAUGACGACAGGCAAGGGCACACCGUACUGGACCGCCCCCGAGGUCUUUACGUCGGACAGCAACUACAGCUUUGCCGCCGAUAUCUACGCAUUUGGCGUCAUUUUGACCGAGCUGGACACGCUCCAGCUACCGUACCACGAUGUCAAGGAUCUUGGGUACUGGGGUAUCAUGGACCAAGUGCGUCUCGGCAACCUCCGCCCGACAAUGAGCGUGAACUGUCCGCUUUGGCUGCGUCACCUCGCAGAGCAAUGUCUGUCGUUUGACCCGACGCAGCGUCCGUCGGCGCAGAUGCUAGUGACCUCCCUCCAAAAACUGCUCGGUCGCAGCAAAGAAGCGUCGGCGCGGGAGCCAGAGACCGAGCCCUUGGACCGCAAGACGCGCUCCACCGCGAUGUCAACACCCGAGAACCUCCACCGCUCCGACAAGCUACUCAGUCGCACGGGCUCGACCCUCAGCAGCGACUCGGUGACGUCGUCCGUCACCCCUGGAACAUCCACUGGCUCGACGACGUACUCGUCGUGGUCCAACUCGAUGCUCGUGAGUACGCGCGUCGUGUGUCAGCUCUGCCGCGCCUCCAACUCUCUGCUCGAGUCACACUGCGAGGCCUGCGCCGGGUCGUUAGCUCCUGUGGCGUCCAAGCUCAAGGUCCUUCUCAAGCGGCUUGCGGUCGCCAAGAAGAACGGAUUCGAGAUCGACGACGGUCUUGUCUGCGUCUGCUGCGACACGCUUCACAGUAUGACGGCCACGAUCUGCGACGAAUGCGACGAUGAGCUUCCGGACGACCAAGAAAAGCUGCGCAUUCUACUGCGACGCAUCGAGCAAGCGUCCAAGGCGUAAGUCUCGUGAUCCAUCGAUCGAUUGAGCGACUAAAUGCAUUUUUUAAUAUUUGUAUACAGUCCAA